CACUCCGGCACUCCUGUUUGAGGCAACCCUUUACAUCUCUUGUUGUUUUACUUUGUCUUUGCUUAUACGAUAAGUCUCUCUACUGGUUCUGUAUUAUUCAAUAUAUACGUUGUUAUAUUAGUCUGUAAUUCUUGAGAAAUGCGCCAAAUUAUUUGUUUUUGUUUAGAAUUUAAAAAAUUGAUAAACUCAUAUCUAGGGCUAAAUAAAUUUAAAUCUAAGUUUAAAUAAUUUAUAUGGGCAAAAAUGUUUGGUGAGGAGUUGAAUGAUUUACAGAUUGUAUUUAAAUAUUAAUUAAAAUCAAAAAUCAAUAAAGCAGAAUAUAUGGAUACAUUUGUUUAAUAAUAACUAUUAAAAUCUAACACGUCUUUUUAACUUAACUUUCAUGCAAGUCCAUAGAUAGAUAAAAAAACUUUUUAUUGUUAAAAUCGAUCGGAUCAUUAAGCCACAAAUCACAUAAAUUGGCCUUCAAUCGCAGACUAGUCAAUGUAUUUUAGAAUUUUAAAAUUGGAAAUCAUCCAAUUUUUCCUCACUUCCUCACAUUAGUUCAAGCUUGUAGAUCACAUUAAUUAGAGAAUAUGAUGUCAGAGAUGACUGUUGUAUCAGAAAUAUAUGAUGAAUAUAAUUACAGAACGGAUAGUGCCCCAAGUAGAAAAGAAAAUGUCAUAUCCCAAUUUCCAUUUUUAUUACCAAAAGAAAAAGCUAAGCACACAUUUGAUGAAGAUGAUGAUUUGGAUUUUGAAAGACCAAGUAGAGAAGUUAUUAAAAUUGCUAUACUUUUUAGAGCACAGUUUUAAAACGAAAAUUGCCUUAGUGGGUCUUCAAGUAUGGAGAGGAGCAUUUUUAUUAGGAGACUUGUUAAUACACUUAGGAGUUAAUGGUGAAUUAGAAGGAAAGACUAUUUUAGAACUUGGUGCUGGAACUGGCCUUACAAGUUUUGUCGCCGGUAUUUACGCGAAGAAAGUUGUUUGCACUGAUAUUGAUUUGGGUGGUAUUCUGGAUUUAAUAAAAAUAAAUGCUAGAUGCAAUUCCAAGUUAAUAAAAUCGGAAUUUAUAGUGUUGCCCCUUGACUUCACAAAUCUUAACUGGAAUGCUGCGUUAUUUAAAGAAAUACAACAAACUGAUAUUAUUAUCGCUGCUGAUGUAAUCUACGAUGACGACGUUACAUCAGCAUUUGUAUCGACAGUUCAGAAAAUACUUGACACAAAUCCACCAAAGACAAUAUAUAUAGUUCUAGAAAAGCGCUAUGUUUUUACCAUAGAGCAUAUGGAGUCUAUAGCUCCAUGCUACGAAACAUUCCUAGCCUUAUUAGAUAAGGUUAAAUGUGAUUGGAUAGUUGAACAACUCCCACUCAAUUUCCCCAAAUACUUUACGUAUGAUCGCGUAAAAGAAUUAGUUUUAUGGAAGAUAAGCUCCAAAUGACAUAUCUUUAGUAGAAAAAUAUACUUUUGUUGAAUUAAAUGUUUUUUUCUUUAACGGAAUAAAAAUAUAACAACAUUUCGAAAAACUUUUUGGUUUGAAAACAUCGACAGUCCAUCAGAUUAUUCAGUCUACGUGCGUCUACAGUCUACAGAUACCGGCAAACAUCAUGUUCGAUGCGCAAACUUCCCCUUACUCCCUUGUUUAUUGUUCAAGAACUACAACUACUACUUCAAGAACUAAACACUAACUUAUGCGGCGAAGAGAUACAGUGUGAGGGACCCUGUAUGUAUUAUAAGUCGAUAACAUUUUUACAGUUUUAC